UUGUCGAAGAAAGAAUGACAACAAAUGUUAUAGCAUCAAGAGAAUGAAUUUAUGUGUAUGACAAUAUUUACUUAAAUAUGUCGUAUUAUGUUUAAUCAGAGAAUUAUAAGUAAAAAAAAAGAUGUAUUGAUUCAUAAUAAACAUGUUUAUUUUAGUCAGAUUCACUCCAAACACGUGAUAUAGUUGUUUUAUUAUUUAAUUGAUCAUUCUAACCUAUGAUGGCGUUUGGAGCUUUGAUGGUGCUGAACAGUUUCAACGAUCAAGGUCGACAUGUGUGAUGAGUUAAUAAUAUAAUUUGAAUAUUCAGUGAAGUAAUGAAUGACCAAGUCAUUUUUAUAAUUGAUUAGAAAGUUGUAAUAGUUUGCCAUGUACUCGAUAUUCUAUAACCUAUAAAAUUAUAUUAUUAUCAUUCCAAAAUUGAAGUAGGUCGGGUAUACACUGUGAUUAGCAUUGAUACAUAAAUAUGCCAGUCCAAUCAGUUAAUUUGUAUAUGUCGGGAUACCUGGAGAAGUAUAAAAAAUGGAUCUCUCAAAGACCUCAUGUUAUCAGCGAUAUCGAAAAUACCAUUCGAACUUUGUCUUAUUUUACUGCAGGCCGUUUUUCUAAUUCCUCAAUAAUAUCAGAACUUAUUUACUCCAUGACAAACCUGCUAGUGUUAUUCAAUGAUUGUCUUAUUUAUGCCUCAAAAUAUGCCGACUUUAAACUGCCUCAGUUUCAAUCACAGCUUAAAAUUUGGCUGACAGUCGUUGAAUAUAUUGAAGCAAUUCUUGAAGUAUCAGCAAAAAAAUUGUGGGGUGAAAUGGGAAAGUGGAUUACAAUUUUUAUCAUACAGACAUUUAAGGCAAUUUUACGAAUGAUUUUAAUUCAUCGCAAUAAGGAAAGAAUAAUUCAAAAUCCAGCAAUUUCACCAUUAAAUCGUGAUAAAUUAAACAGAAGGUUAUUACAAGCUGAAAAAAUAGAGAAAGAAGGAUUUGUUUUAAAAAGAAGUGGAAAAAUUAUAAGAAGUGUUAAUUGUAAUUCUGGAUCAAUUCAAUCUAGGAUCUGGACACCCUUACUUCCACUUGAUGAAGAAUUAAUUUUUGAACCAGAGUCUCCAGCAGUCAGACAAAGAAUUAUAUUUGCUGAGACUCUUUAUAUAUUAAAACCUUUGAUUCACUUGACAACAUCACUAGUGAGAGGGAACAAAGAUUGGUUACCAUGGGUAACAGCUUUAUCACUCGAUUUAAUAAACAUCCAUAUGAUUACAAAAGAAUCAAAGCACAUUCAAUUAUCGGCGACAGAGAAAGAGGAAAUGAUUCGACGACGAAUUAGUUUAUUUUUGUAUAUAUUACGAUCACCAUUCUAUGAUAGAUGUAGUAAAACAAAAAUUUAUUCAUUGUUAAAUACUGCAACUCAAACUAUUCCUUUAGCAAGAUAUAUUACAGAACCAAUAGCAAAAUAUUUACCUCAUUGGCAGCAAACAUAUUUCUACAUGUGGUCUUCGUCAUGUGUGUGUCAUGCAAAACCAAAGAAAGCAGGAGGAAAGCCAGCUGGUGGAAUGAAAGGGUCAGUGACCUGUACUUGUGAAACAUUUAAUAAUUUAUGCCAGGCAUCAGGGUCUCUUGAUCUUCGAAUUGCAAACCAGGAACAGACAGAACUAAUUUGCAAUCCAUAUGAAUAUCGUUAUUGUGAUACACCAAAACUUACCUGCAGCUUUACUCGAAUAAAAACAGACUUUGAUUUAUUUGGUAAACAUCCAUGGCAUGUUAGCAUUUACGAUACUUCCAAAUCACCGAAAUUUAUUGGCUCUGGAGUGUUGAUAAAAAAACGAUAUGUUUUGACAAUCGCUCACAAAAUGUUAGAAUAUGAGAAAACUGGAGUCAAACUUCGAUUGGGUGAAUGGGACCGUAUAUUAAGCCCUUCUUGUAAUACCUUGGAAUUCAAAUCAUCAAAAAUUGUAAUUCAUUCAGGCUAUGAUGCCAAAAAACAUCACAUCAAUGACAUAGCUUUAAUAAAACUUGACAAAGAAGUUGAUAUAGCUCAGUAUCCACAUAUUAAUACUGCUUGUUUAGCAGCAGAAGUGCCAGCAGCUGGUACCUAUUGUGUCGUUGCUGGAUGGGGUGUCGAUAUGUUUGUCCCAAGUGAAUUCGCCAGGGCUGGUGGACCACCAUCUGAUAAAUUAAAAGAAGUUACUGUUCCUAUUGUUGGACAGGCUACAUGUGAAGCAGCUCUGAAAAAAACUCGAUUGAAGCAGGGAUUUAAAUUAAAUAAAGAAAGUUUCAUUUGUGCUGGUGGAGAACUUGGUCGUGAUUCUUGCACGGGUGAUGGUGGUGCUCCAUUGAUGUGUCCAAAUUCAGACGGUGUUUUGGAAGUAGUGGGAUUGGUGGUAGGAGGAAUUGGCUAUUCCUGUUUUAUAUUCAUGAUGCCAGUGAUUUAUGUUGAUUUUAAACAAAGUGUUAUUUUCAUGAACAUGGCAUUUAGUUAUGUCAAAUUGUGCUCCAGUUAUCUUUCCUUCCUUUCAAUUCUAGUGAGCUCUCUUGGACAAACGCCACCGUUGUCUCAAGGAAUUGUAUUCAGUGGAACAACAACAACUACCACAAAAGCUCCACCAACAAAUUCAGGUAAUUGUUUUUGUGCAUCUUCCGGAGCAUGUCCAACUCAACCAACUAUUGACAUUCGGAUUGUGAAUCAAGCACAAUCACCAACAUGUCCAGCAGGAGAAGUCUUGUGUUGUUCUAAUUCUCAGAAUCUGAUGAGUAGUUGUGGAUUGAGAAAAAUAAUAGAUUCAAUACCACAGCCAGCAGGAACAGCUCUGUAUGGUGCUUAUCCAUGGCAAGUAGCUAUUUUAGCUAUGAAUAAUACUUAUCUUGGUUCUGGUGUGUUGGUUACUGCUAAUCAUGUCGUAACAGCAGCUCAUAAAAUAGCAAAAUACCCAAAUCUUAAUUAUAAAUUGAGAUUAGGUGAUUGGGAUGGCCUAGCAACUAAUGAACGUUAUCCAUACCAGGAAUACAAUGCUAUGCGUGCUUUUAUUCAUCCUGACUACAAUUCUGGCAAUUUAAAAAAUGAUAUAGCAGUGAUUCGAUUACACGGAACAGUUCCGUUGGCUUCAAGCCCAAAUAUCAAUACGGUUUGCUUUCCAACUGGAGUUCCAGUAUCAGGAACAAGAUGUUGGGUCACUGGCUGGGGAAAAAAUGCAUUUGGUUCAUCAGGUAAUUUCCAAAAAAUUCUCCGAGAAGUUGAUGUUCCUAUUGUUGACCAGAAUAACUGUGAAACAAGAUUACGUAACACUAGACUUGGUCAGGGAUUUGUACUUGAUAGAAACAGUUUUAUUUGUGCUGGUGGUGAACAAGGAAAGGAUGCUUGCACGGGUGAUGGUGGUGCUCCUUUGGUCUGCCAGAACAGAAAUAGUCAAUGGGAAGUUGUUGGAAUAGUAGCAUGGGGAAUUGGUUGUGCUACUUCACAAGUACCAGGAGUUUAUAUGAAUAUUGUUAAUUUUAUGCCAUGGAUUUCUCAACAAAUUGCUAACUCUCCUUAAAAAUGUAACAUUUAAUUAUCAAAUUAUCUUUUUUUUAUAAUUUUAUAAAUUAUUAUUUUAUAAAAUGCUUCUACCAUUGUCAUAACAUAACUCAAUUAAAUGAAAAGUUGCUUGUAAUUUUGUGUUGGAGAACCUACCUAGAUCCACUCAUGAUCAUUUAGCUGUAUAAAUACCGUUAAG